CGAUCCUUUCACUCUGAUCUUGGUCCAGCUGGUGAAGGUUGUCUGGCUUACAAAGAGAUUUUGCCCCGGGGUGAUGACCCUGCUGAACUAAGGAGAAUAGUGGAUGUGAUGAGGAAAUCUACAGCUCGGGUGGUGAUUGCGUUUGCAAAUAAUUUUCUCAUGAUUAACCUUAUGAAAGAGGUGGUGAGACAGAAUGUGACAGGCCUGCAGGGGAUUGCCAGUGAAUCCUGGACAUCAGCUGCUGUGCUCCAGACUCCUCACCUCAUGCCGUACCUGGGUGGAACACUGGGAAUCGCCAUCCGUCGAGGAGAAAUACCAGGGUUCAGGGACUUCCUGUUACAAAUACGUCCUGAUCCACAUCACAACAACACUGAUGGAAACAGCAUGGUGAAUCAGUUUUGGGAACACACAUUUCAGUGUAGAUUUGCACCACCUCCAGCAGGUUGGGUGGAACCUGCAGGAGAAUUAUGCACUGGACAGGAAGUUAUAGAUAAUGUGGAGACUGAUUUCCUGGAUGAUUCAGACCUCAGACCAGAGUAUAAUGUGUAUAAGGCUGUGUACGCUUUGGCGUAUGCUCUUGAUGACAUGCUGCAGUGUGAGCCAGAGAGAGGACCUUUCAGCAACAACACCUGUGCUCAUGUACAAAGACUGGAGCCAUGGCAGGUGAGAUAUCAGUUUACACUCAGCUCUGCAUUCACUUAAUCCUUCGUAUUUAAUUUUGAGUGUCAUGUGUUAAGAAAUUAUAGACCAAAUCCGAUUUCUGGGAUUAGGCAAAUUGGACACUCCAAAUUGACCAUAGGUGUGAGUAUGAGAGUGGAUGGUUGUUAUGUGGCCCUGUGAUGGACUGGCGACGUGUCCAAGGUGUGUAGGGAUGCACCGAAAUGAAAAUUGUGCGUUUUUAGGUGUAUCUGUGUCAAUCAGUUCAGCCACUGCUGAGAGUGCAGGGUUUGGUUGUUUUCCUGAGC